CCCCCCCCCCAGUUGCAGGCGCUCACUCGCUCACUCGCGCACACACCAAGUCCCACUCGCUAACACGAGCCAGGCCAUGCCUCUCCCGCCCGUCGCCAUCGACGCCAUUGAACCCCUCUGACCCCGGAGGCGACAGUCAACGAUGACUACUACGCAGUACGAUGUCGCCGUCGGCCGAGCAAUUCUGGCACGAGACAUGGCCCUCAUGCGCCAGUUCAGUACACGCCACAGCGCGCAUCUGACCCUCGAGGGAGUGAAGGGAAAUGCUGGAGCGGCCCUGGGAGUCGUCACAAUUCAACAAGGGUCUGCAGCAAGUCACCCUCCCGCCAUGUUGCCGGUGCUGCAGAGCCGACCUAAUUGCCUCGAUGGAUGGAUGGCUCAUGGAUGGCUCAUGGAUGUCCUGGCAGCCGCGAAACCGCCGCAGUAGUAGCAGAAACAGCAACAACAAAACAACUAAAGACCCUGGCGGCCGGCUGGCCGGGGUCGGCGUUUGAGCGGACUUGGAUGUCUGGUCGCAACGCCUCUAGGGCCCCAGUCUUCAAUGUCAACGCACACCCCCUCCCUCACUGGGUUACUAACGAUGCCCUCUGCUCCAAGUCGAGCCGCCGCCGCCAUACAUGGGUCCCUCCAACCCUCCAACCCCUCGCUCCCCACCGUCCUAAUGCAAUAGGCGCAGGGCCAAUGCACCCCUGCCGUCUUGUCCGUUGUCCAGACCAGAUCAAUCUUGACAGAAAAGAUGCGCGCUUGUCUGUACGUACAGGCCGAAUCAACUAUGCCACCACAUGUUGCCUUGGCUGGCCUCAGGGACCCUCUAUUCUCCAUGUUCAUGCAUGACCCAUUUGUAGGACGGGGUCGGUCCUAAGUAUAUAU